AUGUUCAUUGUAAAAUGCUUGAUCCUGCCGCUGAUCUUUGAGAAGUGGCGAAUCACUCGGGUAUAUGAUCUGGCUUCCAAGUUACACCGGGAAACUUUACGAUCUCUCGUGGGUUCUCUGAGAUCUCAGUCGCGGAAAGCAGAGAUCUCUGAGAAGCCUUUAGUCCGACCUCUUAUGCACAAUCAUUGGCUCAUAGACAAUGACGGACCUUACAGGAUAGCGCCACAGAACUCCCAUGCAAUCGCCGAGAAGGCCCCAGAGCGCCUGCCUAUCGGAAGUAUUGACGAACUGCUCGACAAGGCCAAACACUGGAUUAACGAACUGAAUACGGAAGAUGUAAUAUCGAUCUCGACAUCGGAACUUGAAUUGACAAGCAGAUUAGUGCGCAAUGAAUUGGGUGUACCAGUUUCGUCCACAACCAAAUCGAACACAACUGCGGAGGGGUUUACCAGCUACGGUCUAUCAGAGACGACAAAUACACCACCGCGCGUGCCUCGCACAAUAGUGUGUCACGACUAUCGAGGAGGUUACUGUGCGACGGAGCGGUACUUCCAGGGGAGUGACGAACAAACUCCCUACAACAUAUACCACUGGCAAUACAUCGACAUGUACAUAUACUUCUCCCACCAUCUCGUCACGAUCCCACCGCCAUCUCUUAUAGCCCAGUGCCGUACUAAUGGGGUGGCGUGUCUGGGCACAUUCAUCACAGAGUGGGAGAAGGGCUGGGAAAUAUGCGCUAGCGUCUUAUGCACGCGAGAGGGAGCUAAAGAUCUCGCGGUCGCCUUGGCCACGGCCUGUGUGAAGUACGGCUUCGACGGCUGGCUCAUAAAUAUAGAGAACCCCCUUGAGGAAGAGUUCAUUGACAAUCUUCUAUAUUUUGUCAAGGUGUUGACAGAGGUGACACAUAAGCUCGUUGAUGGUGGUCAGGUCAUAUGGUACGACUCAGUGACGAUCUUCGGACGGUUGAAGUGGCAGAACGAGCUGAACUAUCUAAAUGACAUCUUUAUGCGUGAGAGCGAUGGUAUAUUUCUCAACUACGCCUGGACGGACGAGGGGCUAGCUGCAUCGCGCACAAUAGCUGAAGCUUACGCACCCGUCCCAAGAGGAAAGGAAACUAUCACACACGACGGACGCUCAUCCGAUGUGUACACGGGUAUCGACGUGUACGGGAGGGGUUGUUUUGGUGGCGGUGGCUUCAAUUCAAAGUUGGCUUUAGAGAAGAUAGCCACGCACGGUCUCUCAACCGCGCUAUUUGCACCAGGGUGGGUGCAUGAAAAUCUACCAAACGGAGGAUAUGAUGACAAUCAGUCUCGGUUCUGGACCGAUCUUCUGCCGUAUUUGCAGUUCCGGCCUCUGAGAACCUCUCAACUGCCGUUCCGUACGAACUUCAACAUGGGUACAGGACGGGGAUAUUGGCUGGCGGGGAAAGACGCGCGAGAUACACGCAUAUAUACAUCUAGUAGCUAUGCGACCAAGGCGACUGGUGAUACACAGAGUGCGGUCGUUUCGGAAGAUUUACACACGAGAAGCACAGAUCGUGGGCUGAGGUGUGAAUGCGCAAAACGCUGUGGAAGUGCACGUGUGUGGGCGGAUAUCGGGCAGCAAAGUCAGUGCGUUGGUGUUCGAAGUGGUUGGGAAGCUGUUAGUGCUCGCUCGGGGUUGAGAGUCCGAGUGGCUCAGUGUGAUCCUUCGGCGGCGGUUGGUGGCGCGGCAGCGGUGUACUGUUCAGGGACGAGUGGGUGUUGCACGAGGGGAGUCACUGAUGAGCCCACGUGCAAAAGCAGUUGUGAAAGAAUACAUCCGGACAAGAAUCACAUCCACGCGAUGGGAGGUGCGUAUGAGGGUCCGUGUGUGUUGGAGAUUAUGAAUAAGACAAUACCUACCGAAGGAACAGCUGAUGACAUACGCUUGGACAUUGGGGACUAUAUGGCUUCAGAGGAACUUUCGCUUGAUGAAGGCUAUUUUGUAGAUCAAGGCAACGAAGAUGAACCCCUAUUGUCAAUAGCAGGUAGUACUGAUGAAGAAUCAUCGGGCGUUCCCAAUGGACCUUUCAAAGGGGCUAUCAGAAUCCCAAGCGAUGUGUCCGCUUCCAAAUCGUACAAUGUGCGUGUGCUGGAUUGCGAGUUAGACAUAAAUGAGCGAUACGUUGUAUCGAUCAUAUACGCAGUGAGAAACGCAUCCGGGAUUACUGAUAGUCUGUACAAAACCACAAAAAAUGGUAGUGAUACCGGAACACCGAUUCUAGAUAUAAGUGUAGGGGUGAAUAGAGGGUGCGUAGAUGAGUCAGAGAAUAUAUCGGCACGGUACGAGGCUUCAAAUACCGAGUUUGCACAACCGUGUACAGAGCAUAUAAAGAAAUCUUCCUUGGGUGUGGGAGAUUGGCAGCAAAUUUUGAUGGAAUGGCAAGCGGUGAGUUUAGGACCUGAGGGACACCAGACCCAAAGUGGUGAACCCAUUGGCACAAUUCGCGUGGGCAUAGAUGUGUUGAUAGUUGCUUCUGAGAGUGUUGGGCGUAGCGAUUGGUGCGUGGUAGUAGGUGAAGUUUCUGUUCAGCGUAAGACUGAUGUCCAUGAACCUACAAAACAUACGGUAGACGAGGCGACGCAGUGCACACAUAUUCUCAGCAGUUCGAACAGCCCCAUAGAGGUUCACGAUGUAUUAUAUGACCGUGUGAUCUAUCAAACUCUCAGCACACCAAUUUCCAGCCCUCGAAACCGAGCAUCAGACCCACAAGCCACAGACCUAUGUGACAAAACACAGCCGGUCGUUGAAGAAAUGGAUACAGCGGAGAAUAGAGUACUGCUACAGCUGACCUGCACGUUGCAAUGGGGCAAAAUUUUCACCUGCGGGAGGACUUGUACCUGUGUAGCUGCCAAACCUAUGCGCUACCGGGUGUGGGCAUGUACAUCGCAAGUUUGCAAUCCUACACCACCCCUCCAGCUCUACCUGGGAGAAACCUCGGAAUGCCGCUACACAAUACUGGGGCUAUGUGUGCAACCACCAACAGCGCCCGAGACAUCCAGUCAUGCACACGCACAAUCACACUCCAACUCAAUGCAAAUAGAAGGCAGUGUGAAGGAACCUGAAUCGCCAAGCGCAUCACACAACACACUUUUUGAAGAUAAUGAACAACAGAAUGAGGCACACAUGAUGAUUGGUGGAUCUGAUACCAAGCUUCCGUUGUAUGCGGGGGUGUGGUUUGGGGUAUACCCAGUGUGUGCGCUGGGCCAUAGUCUGGGUGGAAGUUGGGUGCAUGUUUAGGGGUAAAAAUUUGUGUUACCUAUACUGCACAUUAAUACCAAAAUUUAGUUUUGGUAAUCCAAAAUGGACCAGAUGGCGG